CCUCUACGCUGCUAGCUGGUGACCUGCAGUUCUAAUGUUAAUUACUACUCAGCCAUUAUUUUCAAUAUGCAUACUUUACUUUGACCUUAUGUUUUAAUCGAGAGUCUUUAAAGUGACAAUCAUUGAAAGGCGGGCUAUUAGAAAGAGCAAAACCUCUGGUUUAUGCUGACAGAAUUCAUUUUAGUUGCAAACACAGGACUACAAAGAAAUUGACUGCACUAUUCAAAAUCCUCAAAGACAUCAACAAGGUCAACCCCAAUAGACUUCCUCAAAAUCAAGUGAGGUUACGAGUGGAAACUACAGGGAAGUGCAUUUAACACUGAGACCAAGGAGGCACAUAUUAACACAAAAGGAUUGUGGGAGUUUGGAACGAGCUAUCCAACCAUGUUGACCAGACCCUCAGAUUAAUUAGCACAUAUCGAAAAAGCUAGUCAGAACGGCCUCCUGGCUUCUUCUAUCUUUAUCACUGCAACCGACACCAGCUCAAGCGGGCGGAAAUUUCAUAUUUGGGUGCUUUGCAAAAAGAUAACCCCGUUCCAGCCUGCAGCUGCUCUCACUAGACACCAGCAUUUGAACUCUGUUUCCUGCGAAAUGAAUCGGACUCGGACACAGCGAAUGAAUUUUGGCGCUCUGACGUCACGCACCGUUCCCACAAUGCCCAGCAACACGCCUGCGUAGUGACUACACCAAAAUUUGGACAGCGAUCUGAGAUCAAAGAUGGCGGGUGCCUCCGACCCUCUGGAAGAUAUGCUCUUCUCCGAGGUGGAUGAAAAAGCCGUUAGCGAUCUGGUGGGCUCCCUGGAGUCGCAGCUGGCCGGCCAAAGCAACCCAGCAGCCCCCCACACCGAAACCAGGAGCGCUGGCGUGACGGGGGCCGCUAAUCACCACUUAGGAAGAAUGCUACCUGCCCAAGUGGACACUAUACUAGAGCAGCAGCAACAACAACAAGGGCAACAUAAAGCUGGGGUAAACCAGGAGCCCAACUGUAAAGCACUUAGCUCCGGGAAAACUGUGAUACCGUCUUCGCUCAGUUCCAUUCCGCCCUUCGAAGAAGCUUCCAUCACUUCUGGGACCGGGGUAAAUGCUAGUAGUAGCGGGUUGCCAUCACAUGGAGCAUCUAAUAUCACAACAGUGUCUGCACCUGGUCUGGUAACUUUACCACCUCCGCUGGUCAGCAUCAGCCCUGGCAGCCGGGGCACCGUCCUGGGCUCGGGAGGGGCAGCGACGGCGGCGGACCCCCUGAAGAACCACCUCACCUCGACCAUCAGGACUGCUCCCGCAGGGAUACAGAGUUUGAACGGGAACGGCGGAGUUGCAGUGAACUCUCCGGUCAACCCCGCCGCUCCUGCCGCCGUCGGCUUCCCCGCCGCUGCCGGCGCGGUGACUCUCGUUAAUAACGUGGUGAACAGUGCCGUCCCCAGCCCGACCGGCGCCGCCAGCAGCGGCUUGGCCGGGGCGCCCUGUGCGAGCGCGCCCGCCUUCAGCGCUGCCCAGCCCGGCGUGGCCCCGGACGGCUCGGGCACCCUCACGAUUGCCCUGCAGAGACCCCCGGGUCACCUCGCGGCCAGCGUGGCGCAGAAUGGGAACGGGGCGCCGGCGCUGGUGCAGCAGGUCGCACGGACAGGUCCCCCGGCCGCGGCCGUAGCCCAGCUGGCGAACCACCGCAAGGGCGGGGAUGGCAGCGACCCGCCGGCGGACUCCCCUGCGCCGUCUAAAAUCAUCCUGCCGACCCAGCCUUGCGUGGUCAGUUCCCUAGCAAACCCCGUCAGCUCUCCCGCACCGGCUGUCAACCCGCCGGCGAGUCAGCCGCCGAGCUCGGCGGCCAGCUCGGCGCCGGCCGCCAGCAGCCCCGCGGCCAAGCCCGCUGUCAACAUCACUACCGUCGGCGUGGUGAGACCUGGGACCCCGUCGCCGUCCGCCGGGAUGUCCGCGUCCACGCAGCCCCAGCCCCUCCGCCCGGGGGUGGGCGCGACCCAGAGGAUAGUGGCACCGCAGCUGAUCGUCAGACCGCCCCAGCAGACCACCAUCCAGCUGCCUCCCGGAUUCACCAUCCCUCCGGGAAUGGUGCUGGUGCGCACGGAGAUGGGACAGUUGGUCAUGGUUCCUCAGCAGGCUUUGGCCCAGGCUCAAGCUCAGGCCCAGGCCCAGGCUCAAGCUCAGGCCCAGGCCCAGGCCCAGGCUCAAGCUCAGGCCCAAGCUCAAGCUCAAGCUCAAGCUCAGGCGCAGGCCCAAGGCCAGGCUCACAACAGCAUCUCGCCCAGGCCAGCUGCCCCCACCAGCGGGCCCACCUUCAGAGUCACCACCACGCAGUCUCCUGUUUCUUCGCCAGCAAUCCGACCAUGUCCUCCAGUCCAGGCCAAGAUUGUGCAGCCCCCCACACCGUCUGCCAGCCCUGCUCUGCAGGUUUCUUCUUCUGUAGCCCCAACUAAGGCGGCAGUAGUCACGGCGGCAGUUGCCACGGCGGCCGCGCAGCAGCCCCUCACGGUGAUCGCGGGGGGCCAGAACCCCCCCCAGGCUCAGCCCCAGCCUGCGCCCCAGCCCGCCCUGGCCCAGCAGGGCGCGGCCCCGACCGCCCUCGCCAGCGCCCCCGCGCCCGGAGCCUCCGUCGUCUCGCAGGAAAUGCAAGAAAAUGUGAAGAAAUGCAAAAACUUCCUGGCCACAUUAAUCAAGCUCGCAUCUCAUAACUCACCGUCUCCAGAAACCUCCCGGAACGUGAAAGCCCUUGUGCAGGAUUUGCUGGAUGCAAAGAUUGAGCCCGAGGAAUUCACAAACCGUCUGCAAUCCGAGUUAAAAUCAUCUCCACAGCCCUACCUUGUUCCUUUUCUAAAGAAAAGUCUGCCUGCCCUGAGGCAGUCAUUGCUGAACAGCCAGCAGUCCCUGAUGCAAACCCAGCAGCCCCUGCAGCAGGUGAAACCGGCUCCAGGGACGCCCCAGGCCACUGCUGGCACCGUGCCCACCAUCGUCGCCGGGCCCACGGUCCGAGUGCGGCACCCCAACAGCGUUGGCAACACGGUGCCCAGCAUACUGCCUCACGCACCAGGGACAGCCCACACUUCCCACCUGGCUAUCAAGCGCGCUCCUGGUGUCCAGUCCAGUCAAGUUCGAAUGCCCAUGGUGAUCACGCAGACUGUCCGACCACAAGGCACAGUAGGGAAGGCACCAACAAUACAAGCAAGCAAAGGUCCCGGGGGCUUUGCUGUUCAGGUCUCUGCAAAUCAGAAAAACAAGCUGAAUGACCCUGGAGGCGGUUCUUUCAGGGAUGACGACGACAUCAACGACGUUGCCUCGAUGGCCGGGGUCAACCUGAAUGAGGAGAGUGCCCGCAUCCUGGCCACCAACUCGGACUUGGUGGGGACGCAGAUCCGCUCCUGCAAAGAUGAGGCUUUCCUUCCUUCUGGACUGCUGCACAAACGGAUACUGGAAACAGCUAAAAAGUUUGGAGUCACUGAAGUCCCUGCCGAGGCUGUAAACUUCAUCUCCCAUGCAACACAAGAAAGGCUAAGAACCGUGCUGGAGAAAGUGACAAUAAUUGCACAACACAGAAUGGAAACCUAUAAACAGGACGACGAAUGGUACGAGCAGGCCACAGACGUCCGGUCGCAGCUGAAGUUCUUCGAGCAGCUGGAGCGGAUAGAGAAGCAGAGGAAAGACGAAGAGGAGCGGGAGAUCUUGCUGAAAGCAGCAAAGAGUCGCUCAAGGCAAGAAGACCCGGAGCAAGCUCGGCUGAAACAGAAAGCUAAGGAGAUGCAGCAACAGGAACUCGCACAGAUGAGGCAAAGAGAUGCCAACUUGACAGCACUGGCAGCUAUUGGUCCACGGAAAAAACGCAAACUGGACUCACCUGGGGCCGCGCCGCCAGGGGCAGAGGUCUCGGGGAGCUCCAGCGGCUCUCCGGCAGGCUCCGCCACCCCUGCAGCCUCCUCCCGCCAGUACCCCCGCCAGAGGAUCACUCGAGUCAGCCUCAGGGACUUCAUCUUCUACAUGGAGCAGGAGCGAGAGACCGCCCACUCCCUCCUGCUGUACCGGGCCCUGCUCAAGUAGCGCCGCUCCUUCCCCGCUCCAUGCUCUCACUCUCCACACCUCCCUCUUCGUCUCUCCUUGCAAUGUGCCUUCAGCCGGGUUUCUGUUGCUAUGUCUCCGCGUCCCGUCGUGACCUUACAUCGCUGCGUGUGAGGAGGAGGAAGAAGGAUUUUGAUUCUGUAAACACUCCAGACAUCUUGUAGCUCUGAUCAGAGGACAGCAAUAGCAAGAAAGAAGGCCAUGUGAAAGGGGUUGAGUCUGGGUCUGCCUGGUGAGGUUCUGCCUCUGUCUCACACAUUCCGGCACCAAACAGGGUUCGAAUGAGCGACCGCGGUAUCUGAAUUUUACUCUCUUGGAAGAUAUCCUCAUGAAAUCAGCAGUGUUAUAAAAAUACUGUCGUGCGCAACUUUCAUUUUUUAAAUAUUAAAAUUAAAUUAAUUUUAGGAAGUUAGUCUUUGAAAGUAUUGCCCACCCCACCCCCCCGCCUUGAUUUUGCCGAUGUAUUUUAAUAGUAAAUUAUUUUGGAGCUUCAAAUAGAUCCUGCCGGUGAACAGCGUCUUGUGUAUUUUCUCACCAAGUGCAAUAAUGUGUAAAGCCUCAUAUCUAAUCUGUGUGUAGCAUGUAUGACAAGAGGAAAGCAUGUUAAGGUUUUCAUUUUUUAACCACAAACCUAAUCUUGAAUUUUCUACUCGCUAUUUAACCUUUGAAAUCCAGUCUGAAUCACUAUAUUUAAAUAUGAGUUAUCAUGGAUAAUUAAACUGCAUGUCCCACAGUGCAUUAACACUGAUUCAUGUCGGUAAAUUUUCCCUAGGAAAGAAAACAUGACAUUUCUUUACUUAUAAUCUUUCUCUGCGUACAACAUCAAUUUGUAAGCUAUUUUCUGUAAUUACACUUGUACUUAUUUCUAACCAAUAGACUAAACAUUUUUUUCAGUUUCAGAUCACCUCUGAAAAUAUACAAUUUGUAGCUUUAUUUAAUCUUAACUGCUUUAGGGUUGCUGAUGGUCUUCAUCCCGAUGCACAUGGUAUUGUUCUUCUUGUUCAGUAAUCUCUGAGCAUGUACAUUUAAGAAAUGUGGCUUCAAUAGGGAGAACAGUUUUAAUUUUAGUUCUGCAGUAGCAGGCUUAGGUGUUGUCACUGCCUGUCUUGACCAAUGUUAGUCAUUUCUUAAAGUGGAUUAGUUCAUGAAAUUAUAAAUACAGUAAUAUCUGUUCUGCAUUUAUUGAACAUUCGUUUUCCAGGUAAGUGUCAAAGUUUCCAGUGAGUUACCCAAAUGAAAACACCUGGUGUGAACAAUUAUUUCUGUCAUUGUUCUAUGGAGUUGCAAAAAUGACUAUCCAGACAAUGUGAUGAAUUAGUCCAUAACAUUAUAUGAGAUGGAGGGGGGUGCCUUUCCGUAUUUCUGUGGCUAUUACCUCUUACAUGAGAUCUGACAUGAGAAUGUAUUUUUUCACAUUUAAAGCAGACUCCUGUCACUUACAUUUGAAGAUUUGUAAGAGUGUGGAUUGUUAAAAGGAUGCAAUUGUUUUGCAACAAUCUGCUAAAAUCAUGGUUUUAUUCUCCAUUCUGAUUUUAAGAUGUGAGACGUUAUAAAGUCAAAUCCCAAAGUCUGAAUAGGGAAAUAUUUAGAACCCAGGUUUUACUUCAGAAGGACGCAGCGAGGGCAGUAGUACUUUCAGCCCGUGUCCAAAAUGCACAGUCCCCUCAAGCAGCACUGCUGGGAGGUUAACCUGUGAUGAACCAGCUUCCUGUCCAUGGGGAGUCUUGGCAUGGCCAAGGACUUUUAUUAUGGAAGAUGGGAUCAGGAUCUGUCACUAUGAGCCAGUUAGAUUGUGAAGGACUCUGACCUUUAACCUGUAGCGAAGGGGUGGGCACAUGUGAUUUUAAAUGCAUUACUGGGAGCUUUGCCUUGAACCUGACCUCUUUUUCAUGGCCUUUUUUAGCAAUUGGAGUUUCUUGCUUCUAUGCAGCUGCCGUGUCUCUGAAUCCUGUUGCUUUGUAAGUUAUUAGUUUGGAUGGGCAGCAUUUCCAGAUGGCUCUUUGAAAUAACUGUGCAUUGAAGGUUUGUUUUAAAAGGCAUCAUAUUUUAGUUUUGAAUGUGUAUUAUUAAAAGGAAAAUGAAAGCUGUGUUACUAAUGUACAUCGAGAAUCUCUUGUCUUGUUUUGCGCAUAAAGCAGUAUUGUCUAUAGCUGUUAAAGGGAAAUGUGUUUUAUAAUUAUUUAUAUUUUUCUUUUAUUUUUUACAUUUACAGUUGCCACUUUUUGAGGCAAUGCAAUUUUAUCUCGGUGAAGUAUCAUAGCAAAAAAAGCACAAAUAGACCUAUUUGUCCGAUGGUUUAAAACAAUAAUUUUAAUAAUUAUUUUUAUGGUUUCUGAUAAAUAAGCAGAAGGAAAUUUCUACUCCUUUUGCUUUUUAGCCAAAAGAUUAUUAGGAAGGUUACUGAAAUACACAGGUGGAAGAUCAUGUUUUAUUGUAUGGAUAAUUUGUACAUAUUGUUUACAAAGACCAUGUGUUUAUUAGAACUACGUUAUUUUUGGUAAACUCUGUACAUAAUCUGAAAUUUUCCUGUUUGUGUGAAAAGCAUACUUCUGUAUUUGUACCUAUUUUGUAAAGGAAUAAAGAAGC